AUGUCGAUCCAGCAACUGCCCAAAGACGUAGCUGCUCAGCUCAAGUCCUCGACCGUCAUCACAUCUUUAAAUGGUGUUAUCUACGGCCUGGUGCAGAAUUCUCUCGAUGCCGGCUCCUCAAAGAUCUCCAUUUCGGUCGACUAUGCUCGUGGAAACUGUUCUGUCGAAGACAAUGGUCUUGGCAUUGCGCCAGACAAUUUUCGUGAAGAUGGGGGCCUCGGCCAGCUUCACCAUACUUCCAAGUAUCCUCCUCAGCCUGACUGCCAUGGGAGAUCUGGAGAGUUUCUAGCGGCGUUGGCUGCUCUGUCACUCUUAACCGUUACUUCUCACCAUCGUGAUUACCGUUCGCACAACUCUCUGACAUUUCACAACUCGAGACUCGUCUCUCGGAGCAUGCAUGUCCCCCCGGAAGAGCGCAUAUUAUCCUCACCAAGCGGUACCCGAGUUGUCGUACGCGACUUGUUCGGCUCCAUGCCUGUUCGCGUCAAGCAGAGAGCCCUCGAGUUGGAGCGUCUAGGAUCUGCCAGGGACUUUGAGCAGUUAGUGGCUCGAAUCGUCUCUCUCCUCCUUCCUUGGCCAAGCGAUGUGACCGUGACCAUCCAGGAAUCCGCGGCCCGUCGGUCGAUUGUACUGCGUGCAUCAGAAUUCAACCGAGUCUUCGAGAACUCGAGCUUUGGGAUAGAGGACAGUACUCAGGUCAAUGCUGGUUGCCCUGUCAAGACAGAAGGGUUCACCUUGAAAGAACUGAGGCCGAAACGAGGCGUCGACCGAUGGCCUAUGUUCUUUGUCCAUAUCAGACUGGAUGCAGCCGCGGACCCGGUGGAUGUAGACGAAUUCUUCGACGAAAAGCACGCUAAUGUGGCGAUUAUCGUGGAUCUACUUCAAAUAAUGGCCUACGAGUUUCUCAAAAAACACCACUUCCGCCCGAGGUCAGUCGCAGCCCUCCAGCGUCUGAAAAGGCCAAAGAGUAACUCUCCUGGGCCACUCUCCCGCCAUCUCUCUCCGUCUGCAUCCACACGGAGUCAGUCGCUACCGGAGAGCCACCGACCACCUUUCAAGUCAGGAACACAUAAACAGGUCACGGCGGUUGCACCGCGAACCUCCACUUCGGUAACCGGUCUUAAAAGUAAAUCAGCUUCUCCCUUCUCGUCCUGGACGAAGUUGAAACCAGGAGCUCUGCAAGAUGUCGGAACAAAGGGUGCUCUUACUUCGCAGCCAGUUCCUGAAGCCUCGGCGCAGUCAAAUCAGGUCCCGGAAGUCUCAUCCAGCUUUCCAGUCGUGAAUAGUUCACUUGGGCUACUUGACAGAUCUGGUAACGUUCUUCAUAAACCAUUUGAGGAAGACGAGCCUGUUGCGGCCUGCUCCUUUACGAAACUCCCAUCCUCUCAGCCUGGCUGUUAUCGAGAAGCUGUUAUCUGGACCGAUCCUAUCACCAAGAUUAAGUCACUCAUAGACUCAAGGACAGGGUUCGCUGUCAAAUCAGGCAAUAACAUUAAAGGUCGACUGCCGAAGAAGACCAAGGAAUCACGACACGAACCCGAGGCUCCCAAAUGGAAACCCUUGGAAAAGAUACAGCGCAGUACCAUCUUCAAGCCUACAGAGCCCUUAAUACCCCAGGUUAUCCAGGUAUCCGAUACGCUGAACCAGGAAUCAUGCAGCGCAGGAGGAUGGGAAGUUGAAGCACGAGAAAUGGCAUCCAGUGUGCCCAUCACAACCGUCAGCCGCAUAUCCAAACAUGCUCUCCAGAAAGCCGAAGUACUCGCGCAGGUUGACCAAAAGUUCAUCCUCGCCAAGGUUGUUGUUGACGAUGACCAUUCCGACUUUGACAACCACCCCGAUCACUUACUUAUCCUCAUCGAUCAGCAUGCCGCCGACGAACGUUGCCAGGUCGAGGCCCUGCUCAAAACUUACUUCGUCCCAGAUGCCAUUCGACCUGGGUUUUUGGUAGCACAAUCCCGGCUGCUCGACCGGCCGCUACACUUUGAUCUUUCGAGGCAGGAUGGCGACCUGCUCAUCAGGUACCAGAGACAUUUUCGCCAUUGGGGCAUUGACUAUGGGCUUCUUCCUGAGGCUGCCUGGGGCAAGCACCCCCAGAAAGCAACAGUCACAGAAGGAAGCAUGGAAACUUCACAGCAAUAA